CUAAAGUACAGAGUACCGGGCUACCGGUUACAUACUACCUAACCUAAGUUACCUACCUAUCUAUCUGCUCCGUAGGUCCCUUACCGAGCUACCGCAGGUUAUAGAACGGAUGUGAACAGAUCUCGCCCCAUUCUCUUGAAAACUUAUUGAGGCCUGGGAAACCCAACUGUUUUCCCUGUCAUACUGGGACUCCUUUCGAUAUACAUCUGAUAAAUGGCAGCUAUAUGUAUUAUAUCCGAUGCUAGUACAUCCACGUACGUACACCAACUCUCAAAGACCGGAUAGAGGCCUACAUAGCCUGGAAGGUGAUAACCGCCUCCAAUACCACUCAUUUAGUGGUUGGCGGACGGACUUUUCGGAUGAGAAACGUGCUGCCGAAAUGCUACUAGUACAUCAAGCCGGAAGUGUUCGUGUUGGUGAGGUCGUCAGGUACACGCUAACAUAUACCCCAUCAUUGGAUCCCAUUCUUCCUCCUCCAGCCAAAUUAUUUGUGAAGAUCAAAAACACUUCUGCCAGUCCUCUGCGCGCUGCUUAUCUCCAUGGUCCCUACACGCUCUAUGUGGCUUGCUAUCCGUUGAACUUUGACCCGAAUAUUAAAUAUGAUGGGCUUGAAACCGAAGGGGCCCCGCAAUUUGAAUCAUAUCUUAAAGCGGGAGGCACCUGGGAUGCGAAUAUGCCCGUACCUGACCGUCUCCGUCAGGUGCCGCUGCAGCCUUCACCAUUCAGUCCAACAAAGUGUGAGGGCCGCCAAAGCAUGACAUGGAUAAUUGAAAUCGUGUCCCAGGUAGUAUUCUCUGCAACAGCAGCUGUCAAUUUCGAACUUCUGGUGGGACGGAAUAAGAAGUCUCUGGAUUGCAGUGGCAUUGCAGGUUUGCCAAUCAGCGGGUUGGCGCCCCCGGCCCAUCUUCAUGAGCACUUCUCUACCUUGAAGAAAGGAACUGGAGCUGUGGCUACUAAAGGGGUUUACUCGGCUUCCGUUCAUCUGAAAGUUGAUGACACCUCCAGUCUCUGGAAUACGCCUCCUCUUCCAAAUCACGAAGAGGAUUGUUCUAUGCAAGACGAAUGCCCCAAUCUUGAGACUUCGACAACAUCACUGGCCAGGGGUCCUGAAAACAGUGAAAAUCAACCAAGGAAGUCUAAUAAUCACAGAUCUCAAGAGAGAACAAAGAAAAAGAAAAUUCACCUCGUCAUUCUAACACACGGGUUGCACAGUAAUCUUAGCGCAGAUAUGCUAUAUUUAAAGGAAAGUAUUGAUAAGGCUACUCAGCAAGCUCGGUCCAAGAGUAAACAUGAUACGGGAAAGUCACUGCACAGUCAGUUUAUAAAUGAAAUAGGUAACCCGGAUACAAAUGACUUCACACAAGGAUCCAAUCUGAACGAUGACGAGCAAGUUAUUGUCAGGGGCUUCCCCGGCAAUGCGGUUCGCACUGAACGAGGAAUACAGUACCUUGGUAAACGCUUAGCAAAGUAUAUUUUGCUGAUGACUUACCCGGACCAGCCAUAUCAUCCUCUGUCAGGCUCCAAGAAUGGUCCAACAGUCAGGUCUUUCAAAUUUAAGGGAAAAGGAUCGAAAUUUUCCCAUAACUCGUAUCUUGAAACACAAUUCCGGAACCAAAAUGAACCGGACCACACAGAUGCAGCUUAUACGUUUACAAGUAUCAGUUUCAUUGGCCAUUCCCUUGGAGGCCUUGUACAAACUUAUGCCAUUGCAUACAUUCAAAAAUAUUCCCCCGAUUUCUUUGAUAAAAUCAAACCUAUCAAUUUUAUUGCUUUGGCAACACCGUUUCUCGGUCUCAGCAACGAAAAUCCGAUGUACGUUCGAUUCGCCUUGGACCUAGGCUUGGUUGGGCGUACUGGACAGGACCUCGGCCUUAGUUGGACUGCACCUAAAGUCCGCAGUGGAUGGGGAGCUGUGAUCGGUGGCAGGGGAGCGGAAGGUCCCCCAAAACAAGCCCAGUCAAGUGCUGAGGGGAAACCGCUGCUCAGGAUUCUCCCAAGCGGCCCUGCACAUGAGGCCCUUUUAAAAUUUCAGUGUCGAACCGUCUACUGCAACGUUGUGAAUGACGGGAUUGUGCCGUUGCGAACUUCCUGUUUACUGUUCCUCGACUGGCGAGGUUUGGACAGGGUUGAAAAGGCAAGGAGAGACAAUGGUCUAGUUGGUACGAUGGCUGAAUGGGGCUGGGCAGAGUUGACUGGAGCGAAAUCAAAGUCGCCUCGAUCUGCUCAAUCUCCGGGUCCGCCGUUCUGUGAUCUGAGUAUCAAUGAUGAAGGUCUCAGGGAGAAUGAGGUAGCCCUAGCCGAUGAACCUCCCGCACCAAAGGAUUUGACUGCUGGUGAUCCCCUCAUCGACCCCACGUUAUCACCGUCCCCUACUCAAUUCCUUGCAUCUAGUCCGACAGAGCACCACGAUUCAACGGUGACGCUCAAGCCAACGGGGUCCACAUUGGAGGGCCCGAGUUUGAGGGUCCUAAGCAAUGUAUUUUCUAUCUUUCAACUCAAAGGAUUCAAGCAUGCUACUAGUCACAAAAGUACCAAGAUAUACAAAAGAAGCCAAACACUCCCCACAUCUGGCACGUCCACAGAAACAACGUUUCUCAAUGAUAAUCAAUUCCCAUCGGGAGAUGACAUUGCCCACGCCAUCGAAGAUGGGCUUUAUGCGCCCCCAAAGACUACCUUUUUCGAAUCAGCGGGAGAUCUUCUCAUGCCACCCUUAGCACCUAUUGGGUUCAUUGUUGACCCCUCCUCGCGCCCCGUAACCAUUUUUCAUGAUCGUGUUUAUCAUCCGGAGGACAUACCACCCCCUCACCCAAUGAAGCGACAUACCCUGGGCUCUAUCUUGGCACAGGAUAAACGCAUGAGAUCGUCCUUCAGCUCUGCAGCGGACUCUACUGGAGUGUCUGAACAAUAUUCGAAAGGAUCUGAAAGCGGUCUGAAGGUUGAAGAAAAGAUAGCAAGAGCAUAUCAUCAAGAUUUAUCAUGGCGUAAAGUGCUAGUCCGACUUGAGCCUGAUGCACACAAUAAUAUUAUUGUGCGACGGAUGUUCACCAACGCUUAUGGAUGGCCAGUUAUUAGACAUCUGGUUGAUAUGCAUUUUGCUAAUAGAUCAGAUGACACAGAGUAUUAUAGACGGGGAAGGUAAAUAGCAUAUGAGUAGUUAGAGAUGUUUUAAUACUUUAAUGUAGUAUUAUAUUACUGGAUAGUUAAUGUAUAAAGAUUGGUUACUACAAAACGAGAUAAA